AUGAAUAGUGGGCUCCGGCCUUUUGCUCUUGGGCUCCGGCCCUUGUCUCGUUGCCAAACUCCUCAACUGUGCGCCGGCCCCUUUCUGACCUGGGCUCCGGCCCCUCCUUUCGUGGGCUCCGGCCCAUCGAAGUGGAGCAAAUUUGCAGAGAAGGGAUUCGGUACUGUUGUGGUCCACGGAGACCUUACUUCCGUCAAGCUCUUUGAGGUUUUGCUCGAUAUUUCGGUAUCAUGUACAAAAACUCCAACAAGAAAAUAUCCGUUAGAGACGCAUGUUGAAAUGGGGAGUGAGUUUGCUGUUGAAGAAAAGUGCAUGAAGUGGACGAAAUUCGCAGAGAAGGGAGUCGAGCCAGCCAAUGCGCACGGCGACGUUCGCACAUUCGGAGCCACGAUCAAAUGGUUCCAGUAUCACACCGAGGACCAGGGACGGUACGCAGUUGAGAUUUGGUACGGUGAUGGUGACUACCAGGUCAAGAUGAACCUGAAAGAGGCCGCCAAUGCCCUUUGCGAGAACCAAUGGAUAAGAUAA